AUGCAACUAGCGUUUCUGGACUUUGAAGCCGCGUUCGACUCUCCUCACCGAGGGCGUCUUCUAAACGGUCUCCGCGCCGAUGGAGUACCAGGAAAGUUCGUUCACUUGCUGGAUGACAUGAAUCAACGAAUAACUGCUGCAGUUCGAGCACCAGCUGGAUAUACAACACCUUUGAAAAAAGGAAAGUUCCUAUUUUCAAAGCGUGCAACGAAUCAGCCUAAAACGAGCAAGGACACGAACGUUCAAAAACUGGCCUCGAAGAUAUCGUCCCGUGAAAGUCUUGCGGGGCAAAAGGCAAAGAACAAAGCUAUAGCUCCAAGAAAAGCGUCAGCUGAAUCGUUUGUUCCUUCAAAAUUGCCUACAUGGCCGAAAGUGGCGAGCGAAGCGAACACCACUGAAAGUCUGAAGUCCGGCUUUAGUCGGGCAUUCACACUGGAUAAACCAACAAAACAACAAGCAACAAAAGCAUGCUCUGCAGAAUUGGUAAGACCGCAGGAGAAAAACACCAAAGAAGGGCCAAGAUUAAAACCAUCAUUAGCUGAAUCAACGCCAAAUUCACUUGAAAAACCAUUACAAGAACGACACAAAAAGAAGUCUGCGGAAUCGACGAAAUCAUCAGAAUCCAUCAAAAAAAUCUCACAGAGACGGGUGGUACAAAAAUCAGCUGAAUCGUUGUCUGGAAAAAAUCAACAGAUAUCUCAACCACAAGAAAAAACGCCAUCUCUCAGACAACCAUUAGCCAAUGUGGCGCCACAAAAAUGGAAAAAUACCACAGUACCGUCACCGAAACCUAAGCAAAUGGCGCCAACUGUAAUAACACAUCCAGUUGCACAACAACCCAUAGUUCCGCGUCCUAGAAUACCACCGACUGCAACACAUGAUAGCGGAACACCUGCAAAAAGACCUGAGCAGCAGCAUGGGGCAGAUAGAGCGCCUGGAGCUGGAUCCAGUGAACAUGUCGCGACGCCAGAAUUCGAGAACAUGCCAGACGAUGUAAGAGAAUGUGCCCGAUUAAAGAAACAAAGCUCUUUCGAUAGAUCCGACAAUUGA